AACCGUCCUGGGGUACAGAAAAACUCAGAAGUUUUUGGUUUUCAAACUCAGAAGGCUUUUUAAGUCUGUUGGGCUAUUUGAAAGUGGUGGUACAUUAAAUGAUGUUCAGUCACCAGUGUUCAGGGAAAUAAAAGACUUUUUUUAAUGAUGCCUUCACAAUGUCUGUCCAUACAUAUGGGAAAUAUAGUAUCUGAUUUUUGUAUGUAUGAUUAAAUUAUAAGGGAGACAGGAGUAAAUUGGAAGAUUGUGAAAGGAAUUUCUAAAUAAAAGGGAUCAUUUUUUAAUUUUUUUCAAAAAAGUUGUCAUGAACAUAAAUCUGCUUUAAAGCCAAAUCUGACCUCCUUCGGAAUUCAUUCAGAAUGGAAAUUUCAGCCUUUCAUAUAUGCUACAGACAUUAACUUUUAAAGGAGCCUUCUAUAAGAUUUCAUCUGACCCAGCAGUGAAGUAAGAGUAGAGACAAAGUUGUUUUAUCUUAGUGUAAAAGAAAAUGUGCUCUUAAAGCAACAGCAUUCAUUUCUGCUGCUUCAUGCUGUCCUAACUACAUCUCCCAGCAAUUAGUGACAACACUGAAGACCAGCAGGGCAAGCUGAAGACACCCAGACUACUCCUGAAAGGCAAGCAAGAAAUGUGAGCAUGGUCAUUUUGUUGUUGCUCUAAAACAUUUUAGUGUAUAUUAAUAAAGGAUGUGCGAGAUUAGUGAAUUCUCUGCACGAGGAAGAAAUGAUAAGAGAUGGAGAAGAAUUCACUUCUGUCAAUUGAGGAAUGGUUAGAGGAUGAUAAAGAAUUGAAUUUGAACUGAUUACACUGGAUAAGCAAACUUUGGUUUGUAGUUAAAAUAUCUGUGUUUGAUAACUUGUGAAAAAAAUUCAGUCCUUUUCUUAUGAUCGGAUUAAACAAUUCAUUGAUGGCUGAAGCCGGGAUCCCUUAUGAUUUCAAUAAAUUUAAAGACUUGAAAAUCAUUUGUUUGUUCUCUCAAAAAGUACCUGGAUUUUCAGUGAGACAGACACCUUUUUAUAAUUUCAUAGCAACAAAUACUGAUAUAUUGCCUAUUAGGCCUGGACAUGGUUGGAUUAUACUACUUCUACUCUGACAAUCAGCAUUGUUUCAGAGAGUAACUGUAAACCAUAGAUUUUUAUGGAUCAUCUUCAUUUAUACUAAACACCAUGUCAACGGAAACAGAACAGUGGAACCUUUCCCAGAGGGAACACAGAUGGUUUUAUUUGGUAUGGGAUGUUUCUGGGGAGCAGAGAGAAAGUUUUGGACACAGAAAGGAGUCUACUCCACUCAAGUGGGUUAUGCAGGAGGGUGUACCCCAAAUCCCACCUAUGAAGAGGUUUGUUCAGGGAAAACUGGCCAUACAGAAGCGGUGCGAGUAGUAUAUCAGCCAGAAAACAUCAGAUUUCAGAAACUGCUCAAGGUCUUCUGGGAGAAUCAUGACCCGACACAAGGAAUGAGGCAAGGUAAUGACUUUGGCACACAGUAUCGCUCGGCCAUCUACACGUUCUCUCAGGAACAGAUGGAAGCUGCUCUGCGAUCUAAAGAGGAUUAUCAAAAGGUAUUGACGGAGAGCGGUUUUGGCACAAUCACAACAGAAAUCCGUGAGGCUCCGGAGUUCUAUUAUGCUGAAGAUUACCAUCAGCAGUAUCUAAGCAAGAACCCCAAUGGCUAUUGUGGACUUGGGGGCACUGGAGUAUCCUGUCCAGUUAGUAUUAAAAAAUAAUCCAUGCGCACACUACUGCACCAACAUUGUAUUAUGUUUUUGCUAGAAACAUAAAGUAAAGCAACUUGAUGUGUUGUUGGAUGAUUACUCCCGGGGGAGUUCUUUGCCAACAAAUUAAAAAUUCUUUGCACAGUAUUUUACAAUUCUGCAAAAUUCUGCAUAUUUUAGUUGUCAAAAGAACACAAUAUAAUCACGCCAGUUCCAAUUACUUUGGUAAUUUAUUUCAAAAUACCUGUCAGCAAGUAUGUCUGUAACAAUACAGACAACGAAAAGAUUCAGGAAAUGUUUUCUGACAAAUAGAUUCCUUACUAGGCAUAUUAAUAAAGAACUUGAUGUAUCUUUGUUGACAGUUAUAUUCUGGUUCAGUGAAAUUAAAUAUUUCAUUUAAAAAGAGUCAUUAUACAAAUGUUUGUUACACAAAAGUAUUGUAACGACCUGGCAUAAGAGGGCGCUAGCUUCUUUAAGGACUGUUUUGUGUCUGUCUGUCAUGUCUUGUCCAAGUUCAAGCUUCUAUGUGUAUUGUAAGGUUUUUGGGUCACACUAUUCUAGCGGGAGGGGGUUAGUGAGCUAGCGGAGUUUAAUUGUAGUAUAAUGGGUGGUUAGCAUGGGGAAGGGAGACCAAGGUAAGACUGUGCGUGUCGGGGCGAGUGUGUGUGUACAUGCGGGGUGUGUGGGUUUGUGUUUGUGUGGGUUGGGUCGUGUACAUAGUUUGCCAGCUGACACCCCUUCAUCUCCGGAGGUAGUAUGCACGCCCCCAUGCCAGGUGCAGCCUGGAGUGCUGCAGGGAUGUGGUGACAGGUGGGAGCGGAGGAGGGCAGGUUCAGGCUAGCAGGGAAUAUAAGAGGGAGGGCAGCACCACUAGAGUCAGACGCACGCAGAGUGGAGUUUAAGGUGAAGAGUUCUCAUGUGCGUGUGAAGACAAACACACUCUACCCUCAAUCUCCCUUCCCCAUGCUAACCACCCACUAUACUACAACUAAACUCUGCUAGCUCACUAACCCCCUCCCGCUACAGUGGUAGGACCCAAAAACCUUAGAAUACACAUAGAAGACGUUAUGUGUGUACAUAACUAAUACAUUUUAAACAUGCAAAGCUGGAAAAAGGAAGCAUUUUGGUGGAAAUCACAAAUUCUGUGUGACAAAAAUAAAAUUGUGCGGAGAACAUUAAUUCUGCCCAAAUUCUGCAUUGCUCAGUGGUGCAGAAUUCCAACAGGAGUAUGUGACGUUCCCCUGUGGUGUUAUCUGUACCAGUGAUCUGCUAGGCCUCUCCAAUCCUUGACUCUGGGAACCAGCCUUACCCUGGUCUGCUGUGAGAACCCCCGCUCCUGGGCUGUUCACGCACAGCCUCUGGCAUGUAAGCUGCUCCCAGCUACUUGCAAGCGAAUGACACUAGCCAAUAUCUCCAGUCCCAGACACAACCCUGGGAACCUCCAUCUUGCAGUGUCCAGUUAUGCCCGCUGGACACUGCACGCUUAUAUGAGCUCGUCAGCUUAACAAAGAAAUAGAUAUGUACCAGGCUUGUUCUCCCAAGGGGUGUCUCUGACACACUGCAAACCAAAUGCACGGCUUCAGGUAGAAUAAACAAAUAGGUUUAUUAACUAUAAAGGUAGAUUUAAGUGGUUAUAAGUCAAAGCACAACAAGUUAGAUUUGGUCAAAUGAAAUAAAAGCAAAACGCAUUCUAAGCUGAUCUUAACACUUUCAGUGUCCUUACGAACUUAGAUGCUUCUCACCACAGGCUAUCUGCUCUUCACACAGGCUCUCCUCUUUGAUCAGCACUUCAGUCGCUUGGUGUGGUGUCUGUAGAUGUAGGUGGAAGAGAGAGAGAGAGAGAGAGAGAGAGAGCAUGGCAAAAUCAACAAGGAGUCCGGUGGCACCUUAAAGACUAACAGAUUUAUUUGGGCAUAAGCUUUCAUGGUUAAAAACCCACUUCUUCAGAUGCAUGGCGUGCUUGGCAAAAUGUCUCUCCCUUUUAUCUUGUCCUUUCUUUCCUCUUGACUUUGCCCCCCCCCUCAGAGUCAGGUGAGCAUUACCUCAUCACAGUCCCAAACUGACCAAAGGAAGUGGGUAUCUCCCUAGAGGAUCUAACAGAUUCUUUUGUUGCUGCCUAAGCCAGUGUCCUUUGUUCCUGUGAGGCUGGGCUGGGUUUGUCCCAUACAUGUCCUGACGGCGUGUGAACUGCCUCUCUGUUCUUGGAGAGUUUUUGCCUGGGCUUGCUAAAGCCAUGAGGAUACAUUUUCAGCCUCAUAACUAUAUACAUGAAAUUAUAACCUAUAACCUUACUAUAACCUUACUAUAACAACAAUGCUCAGUGCAUCAUGAGCCUUCCGAAGACACCCGACCUGACAAACUUUGCAUUGGAUCCCACACAAUCAUUUUAUAAAGAUGAACAUGGGGGUGUAGGGUGUCCCCCCAAGCUACAGAGGGUCACAGAGUAUAUGAUAUACCUGCAGCACUAUUGCACAGAAAUUUGUGCACCAAUGAAGGUACAGCACUUUGUAUAUUCAGUGGGUGGCAUUGCUUGAUUUCACAGUUGCCAAAGGUCAAAGUUGUUUCUGAAAUUGUGCCUGGUACCACGGCUGGAAAUGCAGUUGCCCAAUUUGUGCACUUAAACAGGUAUACAUGCAAUCUUGUGCUUGUUAAUUUCGGGAGAAAUCUUUUUGAAAGUUUGGCCCAGUGUAUUGCAAUAGGAGUAAAUAGGGGGUGUGACUGGACUACCCGCCGCUUUGUGUAGCUACUGUCCGAAGAAGUGAGGUUUUUACUCACGAAAGCUUAUGCCCAAAUAAAUCUGUUAGUCUUUAAGGUGC